AUGCUCAGAACUAUAUAAGAGCUGAUGGGAGAGUGUGUGUUGACAGAGAGCCUCAUACUGACCACCUCAACACACACAGAGACACAGACAAAAGACCAGCAGAUCAUCAUCGAUUCAGCGUGCAGUACUUGCUAUUGGUUGCUAUCGUCUUGUGAAUAUGGAUGCCUCCAAGCCUAAAUCGAGCAGCAAGGUAGCCACACGGGCCACAGCGCCCGGCAGUCCCAAAAAGGGUCCGCCCAAGUUCAAACAGAGGUCAACACGACAGUUCAAGAGCAAGCCGCCCAAAAAGGGUAUCAUUGGAUUUGGUGAAGACAUUCCUGGAAUGGAGGGAUUGGGAACUGACUUUAAUGUAAUCUGUCCGUGGGAAGCGUUCAGUCACCUGGAGUUACAUGAGCUGGCCCAGUACGGCAUUAUAUGAGGUCACUUCCUGUUCCCACAUCCUACUGAACAACAUCCUGCACCUUAAUUCAUCUCUUAAAUAUUAAUAUUCAUUUAGGCUAUAGCAAUAUCCUUGGUAGAAGUUUGGUUAGUCAUUUAUGCACAACUUGUAACAGCAUUUAUAAAUCAGCAUGAACUGGAUGUUAGUUAAUCUACCUCUUCAAUUUCCUGUAGAUCUGGAUUAAUUCUGCCGCCAAUACUAAUUCCAGAUAGCAUUUUCCUUUUUUUUUUUUACUUAAUUAUCGUAUGUAUUAUAGUAUUGUCAUAUUGACAUGUAAUGGGCAUUUUAGGUGUCACUUCUUGCUUUUAUGAACUUUUACUUUGAUAUUAUCCUGCAAACAUCAUCGUAUUAACCAUAGCAUCAGUUGUGGAUCUUUUUUUGCAAUGGAUGUUUAUGGUUUAAUUUUGUCAAGUUGCAAAAGUUUAAAAUGAGUUUGGGUUCUGUGGGGUCUCAGUGUCUGCCCAUAGUGCGAGUACUGGGAGCAGCUCUCUGUGAGAGACCGGCCCAGUUUAUUGGCCUUAUGAUGCUAGAGAACCAGAUGAUAUGAGUCUGACUCAUUCCUGGCAGCACAGAAAUUUUGGAGGGGGUUUGGAAAUAAAAAAAAUUCUGAUAAUUUUCAUACUUUUCGACUGUCUGUCUGAAUGCUUCAUCAACCUCUGGUCAAAUACAAACUGAAACAUUAUGCAGUUUGUAAACUUUAAAGAUGUGGUUUUCAUACAUGUUUUUGA